AUGUCAUCGGCGCGAAUUAGAAGAACCGCGGCGGGGAAAUCGCUGGAAUCUUUGCGUCUAAAAUUUUCUCCAAAUAUCUAUCUAUCUAUCUAUCCAUCUAUUUAUCUAUUUAUCUAUCUAUCUAUCUAUCUAUCUAUCUAUCUAUCUGAGUCUGUCUGUCUAUCUAUCUAUCUAUCUAUCUCAGACUGUUCAUUUAUCUAUCUAUCUAUUCAUUCAUAUCUAUCUAUGUAUCUAUCUCAGACUGUUCAUUUAUCUAUCUAUUUAUCUAUCUAUCUAUCUAUCUAUCUAUCUCAGACUGUUCAUUUAUCUAUCUAUCUAUCUAUCUAUCUAUCUAUCUAUCUCAGACUGUUCAUUUAUCUAUCUAUCUAUCUAUCUCAGACUGUUCAUUUAUCUAUCUAUUAUCUAUCUAUCUAUCUAUCUAUCUAUCUCAGACUGUUCAUCUAUCUAUCUAUCUAUCUAUCUAUCUCAGACUGUUCAUUUAUCUAUCUAUCUAUCUAUCUAUCUAUCUAUCUAUCUAUCUAUCUAUCUCAGACUGUUCAUUUAUCUAUCUAUUUAUCUAUCUAUCUAUCUAUCUAUCUAUCUAUCUCAGACUGUUCAUUUAUCUAUCUAUCUAUCUAUCUAUCUAUCUAUCUCAGACUGUUCAUUUAUCUAUCUAUUUAUCUAUCUAUCUAUCUAUCUAUCUAUCUAUCUAUCUUCAUCUAUCUAUUUAUCUAUCUAUCUAUCUAUCUCAGACUGUUCAUUUAUCUAUCUAUCUAUCUAUCUAUCUAUCUAUCUAUCUCAGACUUUUCAUUUAUCUAUCUAUUUAUCUAUCUCAGACUGUUCAUUUAUCUAUCUAUCUAUCUAUCUAUCUAUCUCAGACUUUUCAUUUAUCUAUCUAUUUAUCUAUCUAUCUAUCUUUCUAUCUAUCUAUCUAUCUAUCUAUUCAUCUAUCUAUCUUUUAUCUAUCUAUCUAUCUAUCUAUCUAUCUCUAUCUGUUCAUUUAUCUAUCUAUUUAUCUAUCUAUCUAUCUAUCUAUCUCAGACUGUUCAUUUAUCUAUCUAUCUAUCUAUCUGUUGUUUAUCUAUCUAUCUAUCAUCUAUCUAUCUAUCUAUCUAUCUAUCUAUCUAUCUCAGAUGUUCAUUUAUCUAUCUAUCUAUCUAUCUAUCUAUUUAUGUAAACUAUUUAUCUAUAUAUCUAUCUAUCUAUUUAUCUAUCUAUCUAUCUAUCUCAUAUGUUCAUUCAUCUAUCUAUUUAUUCUAUUAUCUAUCUAUCUAUCUAUCUAUCUAUCUAUCUAUUUAUAUAUCAUACUGUUCAUUUAUCUAUCUAUCUAUCUAUCUAUCUCAGACUGUUCAUUUAUCUAUCUAUUUAUCUAUCUAUCUAUCUAUCUAUCUAUCUCAGACUGUUCAUUUAUCUAUCUAUCUAUCUAUCUCAGACUGUUCAUUUAUCUAUCUAUUUAUCUAUCUAUCUAUCUAUCUUGUUCAUUAUCUCUAUCUAUUUUAUCUAUCUAUCUAUCUAUCAGAUGUUCAUUUAUCUAUCUAUCUAUCUAUCUAUCUAUCUAUCUAUCUCAGACUACAUUUAUCUAUUAUCUAUCUAUCUAUCUAUCUAUAUCUCAUCUGUUCAUUUAUCUAUCUAUCUAUUCAUUUAUCUAUCUAUCUAUCUAUCUAUCUCAGACUGUUCAUUUAUCUAUCUAUUUAUCUAUCUAUCUAUCUAUCUAUCUAUCUUCUGUUCAUUUAUUUAUCUAUCUAUUUAUCUAUCUAUCUAUCUAUCUCAGACUGUUCAUUUAUCUAUCUAUCUAUCUAUCUAUCUAUCUAUCUAUCUAUCUAUCUAUCUAUCUAUCUAUCUAUCUUUUCAUCUAUCUAUCUAUCUCAUCUAUCUUUAUCUAUCUAUCUAUCUAUCUAUCAUCUAUCUAUGACUGUUCAUUUAUCUAUCUAUCUAUCUAUCUAUCUCAGACUGUUCAUUUAUCUAUCUAUCUAUCUAUCUAUCUAUCUCAGACUGUUCAUUUAUCUAUCUAUCUAUCUAUCUAUCUAUCUAUCUAUCUCAGACUGUUCAUUUAUCUAUCUAUUUAUCUAUCUAUCUAUCUAUCUAUCUCAGACUGUUCAUUUAUCUAUCUAUCUAUCUAUCUAUCUAUCUAUCUAUCUAUCUAUCUCAGACUGUUCAUUUAUCUAUCUAUCUAUCUAUCUAUCUAUCUAUCUAUCUAUCUAUCUCAGACUGUUCAUUUAUCUAUCUAUUUAUCUAUUCAUUCAUAUCUAUUUAUGUAUCUAUCUAUCUAUCUAUCUAUCUAUCUAUCUAUCUGAGUCUGUUCAUAUCUAUCUAUCUAUCUAUCAAGUCUGUUCAUUAUCUAUCUAUCUAUCUAUCUAUCUUUUAUUAGCCCAUUUUUUGUUAAAUGCGUUCGAAUCUAUCUCUAAAUUUCUCUCUCUCUCUCUCUCUCUCUCUCUCUCUCUCAAAUUUUCUAUAUAUAUCUAUAAUAAGUUAAUAUCUAUCUAUCUAUCUAUCUAUCUAUCUAUCUAUCUAUCUAUCUAUCUAUAUUCAUAUCUGUCUCAGUUUGUCCACAUAUAUCUAUUUAUCUAUUUAUAUCAGUCUGUUCAUAUCUAUCUAUCUAUCUAUCUAUCUAUCUAUCUAUCUAUCUAUCUAUCUCAUUUUUAUUUUCCUUAUUUCUUCAUUUCAACUAAUCAUUCAUUCUUUCUAUCUUUCUUUCUUUCUUUUGUUCUUUCUUUCAUACCAUUUUUCUUUCUUUCUUUCUUUCUUUCUUUCUUCUCUUUCUUUAUUUCUUUCUUUUCCCAUUUAGAAAUUUUUCUUUCUUUCUUUCUUUUGUUCUUUCUUUUCUUCCCUUUUUUUUUCUUUCUUUUUUUUCUUUCUUUCUUUCUUCUCUUUCUUUAUUUCUUUCUUUCAUCCUAUUCUUUCUUUCUAUCUUUCUUUCUUUCUUUUGUUCUUUCUUUUCUUCCCUUUUUUCUUUCUUUCUUUCUUUCUUUCUUUCUUUUCUUUUUUCUUUCUUUCUUUUUUUUUUUCUUCUUUCUUUUCUUUCGUUCUUUCUUUCUUUCUUUCUUUCUUUCUUCAAUUCUUUCUUUUCUUUCUUUCUUCCUUUCUUUCUUUUUUCUUUUUUCUUUUGUUUCUUUUUGUUCUUUCUUUUCUUUCCUUUUUCAUUUCUUUUUUCUUCCUUUCAUUCUUUUUUCUUUCUUUUUUUUCAUCUUCUUUCUUUCUUUUCUUCUUCUUUUUUUCUUUCUUUUUUUCUUUUUCUUUUUUUUUUCUUUUUUCUUUCCUUUUUUCCCUUCUCUCUUUCUUUUUUCCUUAUUCUAUUUCUUUUCUUUCUUUCUUUUUUCUUUCUUUUCUUUUUUUUUUUAUAUCUUUUUUUUUCCUUUCUUUUUCCUUUUUUUCUUUCUUUCUUUCUUUCUUUCUUUUCUUUUCUUUUCUUUUUUCAUCUUUUUUUUUUUUUUUUUUCUUUCUUUUUCUUUUUGUUUUCUUUCUUUCUUUCUUUCUUUCUUUCUUUCUUUCUUUCUUUUUUCUUUCUUUCUUUUUUUCUUCCUUUCUUUCUUUUCUUUCUUUUUUUCUUUCUUUAUUUUUUAUUCUUUCUUUCUUUCUUUUUAUUCUUUCCUGUCUUCAUUUCUUUCUUCCUUUUUCUUUCUUUCUUUCUUUCUUUCUUUCUUUCUUUCUUUCUUUCCAUUCUAUAUCUAUUUGUCUUUCCUAUCGUUUUUCUCUUUCUUAUUCUUUCUUCUUUCUUUAAUUUUUACUCUUUUUCUUCUUUUAGUCUUCUUUUUUUCAUUCUUUUUUCUUUCCAUUCUCUUUCUAUGCGUAUUUCCUAUUAUUUUUUGUCUUCAUAAUUCAUUGUUCGUUCUUUUUUUUUUUUUUUAUCUUUUUUUUCGACUUUUUUCUUUAUUCAUUCAUUCUUCUUUUUCGUUUACUUUCUUCCCCUUUUUCUUUCAUUUUUUUCUUUAUUUCUUUCUUUCUUUCUUUUUUCUUUCUCCCUUUUUCUUCCUUUUUUUCUUUCUUUCUUUCUUUCCUUUCUUUUUUUCUUUCUUUUUUCUUUCUUUUCUUUCUUUUUUUCUUUUUUUCUUUCCUUUUUUUUUCUUUUCUUUCUUUUUUCUUUUCUUUCUUUCUUUUUUUUCUUUUUUUUCUUUUUUUCUUUCUUUCUUUUUCUUUUUCUUUCUUUUUUUCUCUUUUCUUUUUUUUUUUCUUUUCUUUCUUUCUUUCUUUUUUCUUUUUUAUUCUUUCUUUCUUUCUUUUUUCUUUUCCUUUUUUCUUCUUUUUUUUCUUUUUUUUCCUUCUUUUCCUUUCUUUUCUUUUUUUCUUUCCUUCUUUUCUUUCUUUCUUUCUUUUUCUUCUUUUUUCCCUUUUUUUUUCCUUUUUCUUUCCUUUCUUUCUUUUUUUUUCUUUUUUUUUCUUUCUUUCCUUCUUUCCCCUCUCCUUUCUUCUUCCUUUUUUUUCUUUUUUUUUCUUUCUUUUUUCUUUCUUUCUUUCUUCUUUUCUUUUCUUUCUUUCCUUCUUGCUUUCCUUCCAUCUUUUCUUUUUCAUUUUAACCCUCCUUUCCUUUUUCCUUCUCUUCUUCCUUUCUUUUUCUUUUUUUCCCUUCUUUUUUUUUUUUUCCUUUUCUUCCUUUUUCUUUUUUCCUUUUUUUUCCUCUUCUUCCUUUUUUCCUUCCUUCUUCCUCCCUUUCCUUCCUUCCUUUUUUCCUUCCUUUCCUUUCUCCUUUCCUUCCUUCCUUUUUCCUUCCUUUCCUUUUCUUUUCUUUUUUUCCUUCCUUUCUUUCCUUCCUUUCUUUUUUUUUUCCUUCCUUCCUUCCUUUCUUCCUUCCUUCUUCACUCCCUUAUUUAUUUCUUUUUUUUUUCCUUUCUUCCUUUCUUUUUCCUUCCCCUUUCCUUUUCCUUCCUUUCUUCCUUCCUUCCUUCUUCCUUCCCCACCCCUUCCUUUUCUUUUUUUCCUUCUGUCCUUUCUUCCUUCUCCCUACCCCCUCCCUUCUUUUCUUCCUUUCUUUCUUCUUUCUUUCUUUUUUCCUUUCCCUUCCCACCUUUCCUCCGUUUUUUUUCCUUCCUUCCUUUCUUCCUUCCUUCCUUCCUUCCUUCCUUUCCUUCCUUUUCUUCCUUCCUUCCUUCCUUCCUUUUCAUUCCUUUUUUCCUUUUCUCCCUUUAUUUCCUUUUUUCCUUCUUUCCUUCCUUUAUUCCUUCCUUCCUCCUUUUCUUUCCUUUCUUUCUUCCUUCCUUUCUUCCUUCCUCUUAUUCUUUCAUUUUUUUUUUUUUACCCUCCUUUUUUAUUUUUUUUUUUCUUUCUUUUUUUCUUUAUUGUUUUUUUCCACCUGGAACAGAUAUUAAUUUGUGGAGACUUUCUUUCUCUAUUGCUUACUUUCUUUCUUUCUUUCUUUCUGUGUCUCUUUCUUUUUGCGCUUUCAUUAUUAUUAUUAUUAUUAUUAUUAUUAUUAUUGAUUGGUUUUUUUUUACAAACCUUUUUAUCUUUUAUUUUAUUUUCUCUUUUCAUAAAUUUUAUCUCAGUUCAAACACAAUCUGUUUACGUCCAUCUCUUCUUUCUUUUUAUAUUCUAUCUAUCUAUCUAUCUAUCUAUCUAUCUAUCUAUUAA